AUGAUACUUGCAAAUGAAUUUUUAUUUAAUAGAAGAACGGAGGAUUUGACUAGUCGUGACACGGAUGACGAUAAAUAUUCUUUGUUGACUGGAACCAGCACAUCUCUUCAGGAUAGCACCGGAAGUACAAUUACAGGCUCUAUUAGAGCCAACUACGAACGCAAUUUCGAAGAUCGUAUCUUGUAUGGACAAAGUGGUGCUCGCAGAUUUAGUUAUAAAAAAAGAAAGACUUGCAGCGGAAAUGGAAUAUUUAGUGCUCCUCCCGGCGUCAGUCCCCAUCAUGUUAAAUCAUCUAUUAUCCGUCGCAACACAAAUGGAUCUCGAUUAAUUUUUGUGUGGCCACAAAAACCGCCAAGAAGUAGAUUGUUAAGAAUAUUAGCUCCUCUUAUGCAUGGAAUCCUCAUUGGAUUUCUGUUCAUGGAUGCCGUUCAUCUUUGGCCAGGAGAAUUUUUACCUACGUCGUUGCCUUCCAUGAUACCCGUCCCUUUACCACCCGUGAAAUGUAAUGUAAUUGAACCACGAUGGUUCGACAAUAGUUAAAUAUCAUGAUCUUUCCUUUGAUACUAAAGUCGCGUAGGUUAAAUUCGCUUUCGACGGAAACAUUUAAAAAUUUAUGAGAAAUUUGAAUAAAUGUAGAAAAAACAUAUUAAAACACAAAAUGAAAAAUAGUCUUAUUUUAAUAUACAUAUAUAACACUAGAAGUUUCUCAAUUUGUUUCCUAAAAGAUUAGCCUGUAGGUAAGUAUGUCUGUAUAUGUGUAUGUAUGUAUAUGUUUAUCGAAACACGAUACUGUAUGGAAUCAGUGAAGGUGAAGAGUACUUUCAUCUGCAAAUAUGUCAAAUAAACAUUUAUUUCAAAAA